GCUUCCAACUCCGGCGGCACGUUGGACGAUGUUGAAGCGCUCGCGCUCAUGAGGAAGAACCCCUCUGUGCACUGUGGUUCGAAACUAGUAGAACUUUUCUCAGUAUAUUCACGCGAGUAACCCGCAAUUUUAGUAUUCGAUAGUUCAUUUAUUAAGGAAGGGCGUAUAAGAUAUAACGCUACCAUCAAUAGGAGCCGAUCAGUGCGGAUGAAACCGCAACAAUUGAUUUAUCUGGUUAUGAAUUUACAUUCCAGAAAGUAACAGUGUGUAUCGUGUUUAGUUUUCAGUAGUAAAUAAUAAUGGCUUCUCGAGCUCACGAUGCAGUACACUGGUAUUUGGAGGAGAUUGGAGCUCGCGUGGUGGCGAAGACCGGGAUCCCUUCAGACAGAUAUCAUCUUGGGAAGCUUAUGCUGCAUAGCCUGCAAGAUGAUCCCGACUUUAUUUUACAGAUCGAUGGAGCGACAGGUGAAUCAGAAACCUUCGGCGCAGCUUUAGACAGGAGCAUCCGAUGCGCUGUCUCUCUCACCAACAUGGGACUGAAGACGGACGACGUCAUGGUGUUGAUGGGACCAAACCACUUAGACUUCUGUGUACCACAUAAUGCGGCUUUAUACCUUGGAAUCAUGGUGGCAUCAAUUGACGCUACUUUGGGAGUCAAUGAACUAACACAAGUAUUUAAAACCAAUCAACCGAAGAUAAUUUUCUGUCAAAGCGAGAAGACUGGAGAUGUUGAUGCAGCACUAAAAAUGUUAAACAUGGAUACCAAAGUUGUGACAUUUAAUGAAGAUAGUCACCAUACAACACUCGCACAUCUUCUGAAGGUUGAUGAGGAAGCAGUUAAGAACUUCAAGCCAGCAGACUUCGAUCCAGCAGAUACCGUAGCAUAUUUGACCUCAACCAGCGGCACCACUGGGGUACCAAAAACUGCUAUGCUGACUCAUAAGAACCUGAACUUAGGAACUCGAUAUCUCUGGAUAGAAUUCUCCAAGUUUCCAACACCAACCAGAAUGGCGAUAGUGACAUCGCCAGCUCAGUGGCUCUCAGCUGGGUUCCACUACCUCUUCUCUGCGAUCUUAAAGUAUACUCGACUGCAGACAUCAGCAACUGUCACUCCAGAACAUUUUGGUGAACUCGUCAAUAAAUAUAAGCCCACCUACAUUCUCAUCAGUCCUACACUUAUGACGACAAUGAUGUCAAAAUCGAAAUGUGACUUCAACUGCUUUGAAAACAUACAUUUUGGUGGCAGUGCUGUUACGCAGGAGCUCCUAGCAGAAGUAAAGAAAUUAACAAAAGCAGAGACAUACAUUUUGUAUGGAAUGAGUGAAGUGAGUGGUCCAGCUGUGCAGCAGGAUGAGUCAACACCGCCAGGGUCUUAUGGAAGACCAAUUGGAGGGUUGGAACUAAAAUUAGUGGAUCCAAAAACCAAUGAAAUCAUCACUGAACCUCAUGUUCCUGGAGAAUUAUGGUUCAGAGGUCCGAGUGUAUUCAAAGGUUACUACAACAACGAGAAGAUGACAAAAGAGACGCUGACAGAAGAUGGUUGGCUCAAAUCUGGUGACAUUUUGUACAGAGAUGAAGCAUGGAACCUAUUCUUUGUGGAACGAUACAAACUGCUGUUGAAGUAUAGAAACCAUCAGGUAUCUCCAUCUGAAGUGGAAUCAGUAAUAAUGAAGCACCCUGAAGUAUUCCAAGUAGCAGUGACAGGUAUACCAGACAAGGAGUGCGGGGACCUGGUAGUGGCGUGCGUUGUACCCAAGCCUGGCUACAGCCCCACAGCGCAGGAGAUCAAGGACCUGGUCAAAGAUUCGCUAACUGACUCGAAGCAGCUGAGAGGAGGUGUGAUCUUCUUGAAGGAACUGCCAACGACCAGCACGUCUAAAAUCAACAGGCAGAAACUAAAAGAAAUGGUGCUAGACUUGCCUAGAGAAUAAGAUUUUGUAUUAAAGUUAAUA